AUGGUGAAAUCUGGAAUGACGUUCGAGCUGGUUACGUUUUUCUUGGUGGUGCUGAAUGGCAUCCUGACGGGUGUGCAGAUCUCCGUCCAGGGCACGGCAGAUGAACUCGAAAUUUAUGCGAUGUUCGAGGAGCUUUUUAACGCCUCGCCCUCAAGCCUGCGGCAUGGCAUUUGCUUGUGUCUUGGACUGAGAAAUGUGAUCACAUACCGGCGCCCAGAGGAAGCCCUAUUUGCAUCUGAUGCUGUGUGCACAGACUCCCAGGAAAUCUUGCAACCGUUCUUCUUGUGCGAGCCGCCCGAGCAGGUACGACUCUUCAUCACUUUAUUUUGCAUCAGUGUCGCAGGGGGUCUGAUUGUACAUCAUCCGGCAGCAGUUCGCUUCUACAGAUUGACAUUGCGCGGGAACUUGACCCACAAUAGUAGAAGAGGUCUGGGAUACACGGCCUGCAAGGCUUACGGCCUCGUACCAAUCCCUCGAUUGCCGGAGAGCCACUUCCAGAUGGUAGGCUGGCUGCUAGUUGUUUCGCUGUUGCUGGCUUGCCAUGCGCACCUGGCGCCAAGAUUUUUCUUGUUUGCCAGCUUUGGACUUUAUUUCCUAUACUUUGGCCAGCUUUUCUGCGAGUCUAAGCAUGGCGGGCAUGGGGCUUUGCUGCUUCCGUCCGUCUUGUUGCUGCUGGCUUUGAGUGGCGGUCCACGUGGCACACCUUGGAGCCUUGCGUUCAUCAAGUUGUUCCUGGGAGUCGUGUACUUCGCUGGAGCACUCUCGAAAGUGGUGGUGCCUGUGGUGUUUGGACGCCCUUGGCUUGGCAGCACCAUGCAAGCCUACAUCGUGGAUGCAAUGUGGAGUCGGCCACACUCCUGGCUUGUAGUGCAGAAGUUGCAAGCGAUGCUCCUUCAACGUUGGUGGUUGUGCACCAUUCUAGCAUUGUCAGCUUUGGCUUUUGAAUUUGGAUGGCUACCGCUUGUACUUUUUGGUGGUAAAGCCGGGUCUGUUCUUGCAGGAGCUGUGGCAUUUUGGUUUCAUCUCGGCGUCGAUGUUUUGCAGGGCCUGGACUUCAAGCCAUUCUGGUGUCCUGUUUUCUGGGUCUUCUUACCGGAUCUACAGUCGCUGUGGCAUGGUCAGGAUUUGCCCAACGAGACAUGGACGGUGAUGCUCGCUCAGGGCUUCAUUGAAGAGCCAUGCCGUUGGAUCAUGAGUGCCAUGUACUUGGUCCUGCAGGUGGUGGUUGCAAUCCGAUUUAUGGACUGCAGAGAGGGCAUGGAAUGCUUGCCCCUCACUUGCUGCCCGAUGUUUGCUGUGCCACGCAACAUUUUCGACGAUGAGCUGCGCGGUGGAGUCAUGACAGAUUUGGAUCUUCGUGGAGGUGGUCAUGUAGACUUCGCUUACAACUUCUUCCCGUGGAUGUCCGAUCUUCCACUCAGAGAAACUGACAUGCAGCAUAUGCCGGGCCGCACCCUUUUCUGGACAUCCACGAUUCAUUGUGAUGACAAUCUGCAGAGAUUGUUCAAUCCAGAUUAUUUGCACAAGGAGCUACUGAUUUGUGCGAACUUCGAGGUUUCACCUGCACUGGAGUCUAAGCUCCAUGAAUAUGUCAUGCUGCUUGAGCAGGCUUCGCCAGCAGAUUGGGCUGAUCCUGGCAAAAUUGGCGCCGUUGUGGAGCUGCUUGCGGAGUGCCGGAACCUGUUUGAGGCGCACGGGCCGCGUACCAAGUCCUUGCCCAUGCAGGAUUCCGCGGACACUGGUGAAAUCAGUGUCGGCAAGGGCGGACCCGUCCUUCUUAAUUUCAUGAGCUUCUUCACGCCAACAUUCUGCUUCAUCGCAGAGAUCAUCUUGCGUGUUAUUGCAGAUGGAUGGACUUGGUUUUUUACGCCUGGAAACGCUAGCGACGUGGUUUUGAUCGCCGUCACAGGAAUCAUUCCCAGCUACAUCCUUGGGCCGAUGUUUGAUUUCCAAAGUCCGCUUUUCCGGAUUGGCCAGGCUCUGCGGUGCAUCCGUCUGGUGAGAAUCUUGAAAAGUGUCCGCACGGUCAGCUACUUCAGAAUUCUUUGGUCGCUUGUGAGCGGAAUUGUUGACAGUGGCCGCAUUCUUUUAUGGACGCUGACUAUCAUUACGGUGGUAUUAUACAUGUUUUCGAUUUUCUUCGUACAGCUGUUGCUGCAUUCAGACCUGGAGUUCUCCCAAGAAGUAUGGGAUGUGGUUAUAUAUGAGCACUUCAUGACCGUUCCAGACGCCAUGUUCACGCUGUUUCAGUGCCUGACAUUGGAUAGCUGGACCAGCUUGAGUCGACCGCUUCAAGUUGGCCAUCCCUUUGUUGGCAUCCUUUGGCUGCUGUAUGUGGCGGUGGCCUGUAUGGUCCUGAACAAUCUUGUCAUUGCAGUGAUUGUGAACAAUGCGUUUGCACGCGCUGAGCAGGAUGAAGAGCUCCAAGCCUCAAUUGCGCGGGAAACGACAGAAGCGGAGUUGAAUGAUCUCAGGACUUUAUUUGACGAGCUCGCCAAGGAGGGCAGCAUUUACCUCUCGAGAAAGGAGUAUGAGCAAGCCCUGGGGACGAGCGAGUCCCUGUGGACGAAGCUGAAAAUAGUCAACUUGGAAGAGCCCGAGAUCUUGAACCUUUGGUCGUUUGUCGACUUUCCAGACAAAGUGGACCGUGAGUAUUUUGCCUCUCAGAUCCGCAGUCUGAAAGGCGAAUGCAAAGCGAAGACAAGCUUCACGGUGGCCAUGACACUGAAGAAGCUGGAUACGAGAUUAAACCAGGCGCGUACCAACUUGGAGGUGCACAAGAGGAUGUGCGAGGAAUUGAAGAAAGAAUCCAAGGAGGCACAGGUAGAGCUCUCCAGAACAUUAUUCGAGUUGCGGCAAUUCGCGAUUCUGACCUACCGUUGCAUACCUUCGAACGCCACCGUCACCACCAAGAAGAAGGUGCAAACAAUGGGCGAGCAGGUCUCUACUCGAGUACAGCCACUGCUUACACCCUUGCUGAACUAUCCUUAUGAACGAGUUCCAUUGCGUCCUGAAGAGCAGAAGGAAGGGUGGGCACUUCCUGGUGAAGUUGUGGAGCAGAGCCCGGAGAUAACACUGAAGCCCCGUGCAAAGCCUGGUGGCAUGCGUGCCAUCCAAAAUUGA